UUUUGAAUACUUAUCAUUCGAAUUCUUCAUAAGCAAUACGAAGAUAAAGUACAGCGAGAAAUUUAAUAGUGAUGCUAUAAAGGCAAGAAUAAUUUUUAUCUAUUAUUUAGUCUGAAUAUAACCAUCAUGGAGAUAACCAUGUUUAAAAUUUUCGGGUUUACAGAUACGGCUCGGGCAUUUAUUAUUCCAAACUAUCCCAAAUCUAUGGAAUAAAACACAUCGCGUUAUUUUUCAGUGAGUUUCCAUUCUAAAGGUGUAACAAGUAGUUCACGGUUCGUUCGGCCGACGUCUGCUCGCUUCUGCUCUGGCGCAUGCGAGCCGCGACCGUCAGAGUCGUGUUCCUCAUCUGUCAUGGAUCCCGGGAAUCGUCCGGGAGCGCAUAACCGCGGAAUCCCAGGAAUAUUUACGUGAAAGAGUUAGGAUCCGUGUUAAAUGUUCGUCGUGAAGUAACGCGUGAAAAUGAACGAAUGUUAAAGUGUCCUCCGAUAGGGCUCUAAGGUGUUUGACCUGGUUAACUCGUCCUUUCAAGAUGAGCUACUCUGGCACGAGUUACAAGCCUUCUGUCACUCGAGGGAGAAAUAUUACAAAUACAUCUACGGUAUCACGUAGUAGCGGUACUGCGGGAGAAGACGUUGCUGAAUUAACAAAACGCCACUGUCGUUUCUACAGGAGGAGCCGAUUUUCAGGCGGAUCCUCUAGAGAUUAAGGCGCUGCGAGAGGAGCGCGGCUUCAGGAAACUAAUCAGGAACCGGAAGAGCCAACAAGAGGAGAGGAGUUCCUGGAUAGAGAAGGAGCUCCAACCCAAGAUGGGGAUGAGACAGGUUGUGGUGCUGGAGCCAGCGGGCAGCGUUUUGGUGAUCAGGCAAACUUCUUUGGGAAAUGGCGUAACCAGUGUUACCACCACUUCGAAUACGAUUGCUGGAUCCAACAGCCACGGUGGCCAUGAGCAUCGUCCUCUUGCGAACGGCACCGUCUCCACUCUCUCGGCAAACGAUCACAAUCAGAAUCGAAUUGUCGUCGUUAGAUCAUCCUCGACAUCCUCCUGUAUGACUACCUUGAGUGACACCAAUGCGAAUGGUAAUGGGAACUGUAACGCCAACAAUGAUAAAAUUAAUCAGUCGAUAACGAAGCUGAGCGAACGUAAUGAUCAUCCGAGAAACGAUCAUCAUAAGAAUCAGCAGGACGGUUCGAAUAAUCGAACGGAGAUUAAUUCAGGACAUCGGCAGAAGAUCAAGGAGAACAGCCACGAUUCUAUGGCCGACAGUAAGUCGGAAGUGGAUCAGGCUUCCGACUCGCUUUUACGUAUAGCACUCGUACGUGACUCGUUGACUCUGAAGUUUCUUUAACGAGAGGAACGGGCUUGGCAUUAUAGGAUAGUCUAACUCUUUUUAUGACUCCUUUAUUAUGCUCAUUGCUUUAGAAACGGCGACUUCGUAGCAGGACAAAAGCAUUUUGAUAUCGAUCUCUUAAUGAUCCAGCUACAGUGAAUUAUUUAUGAAACGCUUAGGAAGUUACCCAAGUCAUGUGAAUUGAACUCGUUAUUUUGCUAGAAUUCUAACAAAAAUAAGGGCAGAAAGGGUAACACAAAAAAGAAAGGAGAGGGAGACGUAUAGAAAAUCUUGAAGUCCGAUACGAAUCUUCGGGUCGGAUCGUUAGAGUUUGUUCGUGAAGCUCGGUAUUCGUUCUGCCCCUGUGGAUCUUCCAUUUAAAUUUCAAAUGAAGUCGAUCGUUGAAGUUUUAUACAGGAUAAAAAGUGCUCAGUUGCAUGAAUUAUCUUAUAUUAAGUUCCCGGUAGUAGGAAAGCUAAGGGAAAGAAGUCUGUGACUUGUUCGCUCGUGACUUAACAAGAAAAAAGAAAUACUGAAAGGCGAUCCGUGAUCGAAGAGGAAGGAUAUAAAUCAUAUUCAAGACGUAAGGAUAGAUCCAAGCUCAUCGCGAUUAGAGAUUGACCCCCCAAUACGCCUGGGUAAAUGAAGCGUCGGGUGUUCGUUACGAAGGCGUAGGUAUAUUACGGUGUUAUCGACGUUCGGGUCGAGUCGAGUGCAUCGAUCGGCCAUUCCUGCUGCUAGAAGGCGUAUCCUGGAAAGGACCUUUUUCCUGCGUGGGUAAGCUCACCAGUAAUUCAGAGUUCCGGUUUAGUCCACCAGAGCGGCGACAGUGCAGUAGGAACUACAUAUAGUCAUAGAAACACAGGUUUUAGAUCCUGUUCUAUGCUAUCUUUCCAUGCCCGUAGCUGCUGCCUACCCUUGAACACACUAUUUCACUCUAUGCUGUCCUACGGUACCUUAGUCUAUCCUACAGUGUUUUAUACUAUCUUGGCCUAUCCAACUGCGACUGAGUGAACUGGGUAUCGACCUCUAGUCUCUAAAACCCACCCUAGACACGUUGCUUUGAUUUUCAUACCAAGGACUACGGGUACCUCGUGCACUGCGCCUUUGGUGGGAACGCUAGUCUUUUAAAAGGUUAGGUUAAUUUCCGAAAUCGCUUACC